GGGCUUACGUGCCUCUCGCGAUUUAAUUUCUAGGGGGUAGGGACAAGGGAGUCGUGACUUGGGAGAGCGUCCACUGCCAUCGAAGUACAAGGAAACGGAUAGUGCUAGCUCUCGCUUCUCGUAGAAUUUUUCUUUUGAGUGAGUAAACAAUGGCACGUACUAAGCAGACAGCUCGUAAAUCAACUGGAGGUAAAGCACCUCGUAAACAGCUAGCCACAAAGGCAGCACGUAAAAGUGCACCAUCUACUGGUGGUGUAAAAAAACCACAUCGAUAUAGGCCUGGUACAGUAGCUCUUCGAGAAAUCAGAAGAUAUCAAAAAUCAACUGAGUUAUUGAUUAGGAAAUUACCUUUCCAAAGAUUGGUUCGUGAAAUUGCACAGGAUUUCAAAACUGAUCUUCGUUUCCAAAGUGCUGCAAUUGGAGCUUUACAGGAAGCUUCAGAAGCAUACUUGGUCGGUUUAUUUGAAGACACAAACUUGUGUGCUAUCCAUGCAAAACGUGUUACAAUUAUGCCCAAGGAUAUCCAACUGGCUCGACGAAUUCGUGGCGAGCGUGCUUAAAUAAUAUGUAACUCCCAUACAUACCAUUUACUACUAUUAUUAUCAUUCGUAACA